GUCAUUCCAAAUUGUUGCUUGCUAGUUCGGUGUUGGCGGGGAUCAGAGCAUUUUGCAAUGGCAGAGAAUUAUCACACGCCAGGGAAACAUGAGGGGAAAAUUGCUAUUAUAACCGGUUCAACUCAAGGCCUCGGAUUCGAAGCAGCAAAACGACUUUGCAAAGAUGGAGCUUUUGUCGUAAUCAGCAGUAGGAAACAGAAAAAUGUGGACGCCGCAUUGAAGCAAAUGCAUGAUGAAGGCCUUGACAACUGUUCGGGUAUGGUCUGCCAUGUUUCCGACGCAGAGCAGCGUAAAGCGCUCGUGAAGUCGACUGUAGAACGACACGGUAGGAUCGACUAUCUGGUAAAUAAUGUUGCCGUAAAUCCAUGUGAAGACAAGAAAAUUCUUGAAACGACGGAAGAAGCUUUUGAUAAAAUUAUGAAUGUUAACGUAAAAGCUGGAUUUUUGAUGACGAAAGAAGUGGCUCCACAUAUGAACAAAGAACGGGGUGGGGCUAUUGUCUUCAUGUCGUCAGUGUGUGGACUUAUACCAGAAGGUUGGCCCGGUAUAUAUGCAGUCAGUAAGACUGCUGUAUUGGGUUUGACCAAAGCAUUGUCAUAUGAAUUAUGCCACGAUAACAUCAGGGUAAACAGCGUAGCCGCCGGAAUUUUCCCAACGAAGUUUGGAAGUAGCAUAACGGAAAAUCCGUUUCUGAGAAAACUAAUGUUGAGUAGAAUUGCGCAGAAACGCUUUGGGGAUUUGCGAGAAUGCGCAUCUGUUGUUUCAUUUCUUUUAUCAGAAGAUGCUUCAUAUAUUACAGGUGAAAAUAUACCUGUUACGGGGGGAUUGCCAACUCGUCUUUAAAAUGAUAUAAUAAGUAUAAAACUACUAUGAAAUCUACAAAAACAUCUAGCACCAUGAACUGUUCUGCUGCGGAAUUUGAGAGGUGCGAGAGAAUAGCCUUAUUGUGAAAUUCGUCUAAAGUUUGUGUGCCAAAUUUUUCUUCCGAAAUCAAUUUUGCCGAAGUGUUUUUUUUUUCGUUUUGUCAAAUUGAAUUCGAUUUUGACACGAAGAACAGUCAAAUCGCGAUUAUCCAUAUAUAUGGUUCAAAAAGUAAUCGUGCAUUUUACGUACUUGGCAGUUACACUAACCACAAAAGUAUCCUACUUGAUACAAAUAUUAUUUAGCCGGUUUUCAUUAGUUAGCAUUCUUUUUAAUAUCAAUUUAACAAAAUACAACCAAUCGCAGCUUUCUAUCAGAGUCAAAUAUGACUGACUAUUUUACUUCAAAAACCAGAAUGGUCUUGGAUAAAAUUUCACUUUUGGAAAUUUUGAAAUAUCGUUUAUAAAUAAUGAUGAUUAUAUUUUUUCUUGUUUCUUGCUUUCAUGCUCUGUGAUUUUUAAUUUAUUAAACAUGUACAAAAGAAAA